AUGCCUGCGAUAUCACGGGUGGUAGUGCCAUGGGCAGCACUCUCGUCGCUGGCUGUGGCCACAGCGGCGGGCUAUUUCAAUGAUACAUCAGUCUGUGCGGAUUCGAAAGGAAUGGAAAAGUGCUUCGCGAAAGCAGAGAAAAGUUAUGCGAACUGCAUCACGGGUAACUGCUCCGGCGGAAGCAAGAGCUGCUACGACUCGUGCAAUGGAGAUGCUUUGUGUAUGGCAACAAAAUGCCCGAACCUUGGAGUUGACUGCAUCAAUGCUUGUGGGUGUGUCAGGGCCACCGACCAGAUUGAUUGUACUGCCUCCAGUUGUUGGAAUCAGGUAUACUCUUGCGAAUACCAGCAGACAGCACAAGACGUUCUAAAUUUAUGCUUGAACUUCGACAUGGAUCAAAUACCCUUCUGGCCAGCCCCGGCGGAAGCUGCGGGCGGAUGCUCGUGCAAUAUUGGAGAUGUGGCUCGGAAAGAAGUACAAAUCUCUGCACAACUCACGGAGUGCAGCAAUAAUAAGACCAAUCUCAAUAAAAUGACCGAGGUGGGGGAUAUGACGAAUUAUGCUCAGGCCUGCAUCUGCUGUGCGGAGAGCGCCAUUAUAUCUGCUAUCUGGAAUGUGUGUCCAAAUACGAAACCCUCCGAAAUAGGAGCCGACUACUGGUACGAUGCGUUCCUGCGCCCUCAUCACUGGGACGAAUGCGGUCCGUACCUCGAAAAAUACGAUUGUGGCAGCGAUUUGGGCUUCGCUGCUGAGAGUGCCGGCGACACACAUACUUUCCCUAAGCCAAACAACCUCCCCAAGAACGGGACCGAGACCCUCUUUAAUACAGGUGGUGUGUUAAGCACCCCGGUUAGCGGCGCCACUUUUACCUGGACCGAUGGCUUGCUUUUGCACGCUAUCACUGCUGCUUCGACGAAUAAUGUUGUCUCAGUCACUGGCACUGUCAUUGGUGUACAGGUAGCUUCUGCGACCGCGACCGCGACCGGUACAAGUGCUACAAAGGCCGGUGGCGCGAUUGUCUAUAGCCCGCCCACAUGGGCUGGUGCUGGCAUGGCGGGCAUACUUGCUUUGGUCAUUGUAUAA